GCGGCAGGGGAGCGGGAGCCGGGACCCGCGCUCCACCGAGAGUUGGGCAGGGGAACGCCCGCGCCUCAGCGGCGUCAUGGGCGCCUUCCCCGGGCCUCAGUGGGUACCAGCGGCGGGAACCCCUGGGCCUCCUCGCGGCUGAGCCUGAGCGAGCGACCCUCGGGCUCCCCGGCGCACCCUUCCUUCUUCCUUUUUUCCUGCUUUCGCCGCCGCCGGCGUCACCGCUUCAGCUCUCCGUUAUGGCAACGGAGCCGCCAUCCCCCCUCCGGCUCGAGGCCCCCGGCCCCCCUGAAAUGCGGACCCCGCCGGCAAAUGAGGCCGCCCCCGAGGGCACCCCGCAGCCGGCGGGCGGCAUUCUCCGCUUCCUCAACGGCUGCGUGCCCCUGUCGCAUCAGGUGGCCGGGCACAUGUACGGGAAGGACAAAGUGGGUAUAUUGCAACAUCCGGAUGGCACGGUUUUGAAACAGUUACAGCCACCUCCAAGGGGUCCAAGAGAGCUGGAAUUCUAUAAUAUGGUAAGUGAGGUUUAUGCUGCUGAUUGUAGUGACAGUGUUCUUUCAGAGCUACGAAAAUAUUUGCCAAAGUAUUACGGCAUCUGGUCACCUCCCGCUGCACCAAAUGAUUUAUACCUGAAACUGGAAGAUGUGACCCAUAAAUUUAAUAAGCCCUGUAUAAUGGAUGUAAAAAUAGGGCGUAAAAGCUAUGAUCCUUUUGCCUCAUCAGAGAAGAUUCAGCAACAGGUCAGCAAGUACCCAUUAAUGGAAGAGAUUGGGUUCUUGGUGCUUGGCAUGAGGGUUUAUCACGUUCAUUCUGAUAGCUAUGAGACACAAAACCAGCAUUAUGGAAGAAGCUUAACAAAAGAAACUAUAAAGGAUGGAGUCUCCAGGUUUUUUCAUAAUGGGUUCUGCUUAAGAAAAGAUGCUGUUGCUGCCAGUAUUCAGAAGAUUGAGAAAAUUCUGCAGUGGUUUGAAAGCCAGAAGCAGCUUAAUUUUUAUGCAAGUUCGUUACUGUUUGUUUAUGAAGGUUCAUCUCAGCCAACCACUACAAAAUCAAAUGACAGAACUUUGGCAGAAAAACUUUUGUCCAAAGGACAACUGUCGGAUACAGAAGUACUGGAGUACAAUAAUAACUUCCAUGUGUUAAGUUCUACAAUGAAUAGAAAAAUUGAGACUUCAGUAGGCAAAAGCUUGUCCAAGAUGUAUGCUCGUCACAGAAAAAUGUAUUCAAAGAAGCAUCACAGUCAGACUUCAUUGAAAGUUGAAAAUAUGGAGCAAGACAAUGGGUGGAAAAGCAUGUCACAGGAACAUUUAAAUGGAAACGUACUUUCCAAACUGGAAAAGGUGUUUUACCACCUUCCCGCCAGUUGCCAAGAGGUUGCAGAAGUAGAAGUGCGAAUGAUAGAUUUUGCUCAUGUGUUCCCUAGUAACACAGAAGACGAAGGAUAUGUUUACGGGCUAAAACAUUUAAUUACUGUACUGCGAAGUAUUUUAGAAAAUUGAAUCCUUUGCUGCAAUCUUUUUAAGGGGUGGGCCAAUCAUAGUUGAGAGCAGAGGCCAAUAUCCCUGCACUUGUAAUACUAUGUAAAAAAUUUGUAUUGUGAGUCUACAUUUUAUUUGUCUUUAUACUUUUGGUAGAAGGGUUAACUUUUUUAUAAUCUUACUCAGGAAAACUAAUUAUUUGUUCAUUGGAAAACUAUGAAGAAUAAAGAAACUUAGGAAUGUUAAGCAGGGAAUGUGGUGGUACAUGGCUUAAAGAUCUGUUUGGCUCAAGCAAAAUACAAACUAUUUCUCAGUCAUUAAGAGUUUAGUUAGCUUUCUGUAGCCAAUUUAUCAUGAAAUCUCUGUCCACCCAACCUUGACAAUGAGCCAUAUCUAAACUAUUAAAUUAUUGGAACACCUACAGAACUCUAGAAAGCACAGGUUGAUGUCUUCAGUACUGCUGUGUAUGAAGUUAUUAAAACUGGAGAAAAUGCUACUUCAGAAAAAGUACUGUUUAGGUUCUCUAUUAGAAGUUCUGACCAGCAUAUUAAAAGGUGCUUCUUAGUGAAAUUAUUUAGAAUUGUUGCAUUCCAAAAGCAGGUUUUCCCUUUAAUUUCUAUUUAUACGUCUAUAUAUUUCAAAAAUAUUAUACUUCAUGAAAGAGAUAAUUGAAAAUGAACAACAACAACAACAACAAAUUCUUGCCAGGGUUAGAAGAGACAAGUUAUUUGCAAAGAACAUAUUUUUCUUUUAGAAAUCUUUCAUUUUUGGGAAAAUUGGAGUAUAUAUUUAAAAGUUGUGAAAAGUGUCAUUAACUGUAUAGUACUUUUAAUCGAAUUGCAGCUGCAAAAAGAUGGAUGAUUGAAACUUUGUCUAAUUUCUCAAAUAACUUUGGAGAGCUUUUUUUCUCUUAAAAUUCGUAUUUUUAUGUGUUUCUAUUUAGUUAAGCAGUAGUAUAAACAUAUGUUGCUAAAAAUAUUGUUUUUCUGAAUUCUAAUAAGCAAUGAAGGACAAAAUCCAAUCGUGUGUCAUCAAAGAGCUGUCUUUUAUGUGUUAAUUAGUGCAUUAUGUAGCAUUUGGUACGUGCCUAAAUCCAUGCUUCCCACUCACUCUUAUUCAAAACAGCUUUGUAUCACACAUUCAACAGAGAAAUUUAUUAUAAUUUAAUUUCAUGGGGAGCAUUGUUACUUUCCCUGGGAAAAUUAGAUUUUUAAGUAUUGCCUGUGUUUCACACCCAUUACCUUUUUUAAAAAAAAAGUUAUUUGUCAUGAAAAACAUUUAAAACUUUGAGAUUAAAUUUUCAAAUAUAUUUGAUAUUUAUGUUCUCACAGCUUACAUUUUGAUUCACUUAAUAACUAGUUGAAAAAUUUUGCCAUAUUCCUGGAAAACAUUAUGAAUUGAGUACUCCCACCCCCCAAUAAUUACAAAUUAGGCUUUUAAAUCCAAAUGCCUGUUUUGUGGUGUGGAGGAAAGUAUCCCAAUUUUAUGUUUAUUUCAUCUUCCCACUUUUCUCUGAGGGCAUUUUGCAAAUACCUGAGUCAAAACAGCAGUACCAAAUGGUCUAUAAAUUCUGUUUUUGGUAAAACCUAUUAAAUCUGAAUAAUUUUAAAAUUCAUAUACAAUUUCUUAUAGCAAAAUUUGAUAGUGUUUUUCAUAGAAAACACAACAUUUUUCUCUACUACCUAAGUGGGCAUUGGCUGUAGCUAUUUUGUGAAAAUGAAUUUCAAAACAUAAUAUAGUCAGAAAAUGUUUAUUUUUUCCACCUACAAUACAGACUUUUGUUGUUGUUGUUGUUAUUUGGGAAAUUGUUCAGUAAAUCUUAAACUCAGAUAAUUAAACACCAUUUUGAAUCUUACUUAAGACGAGGCUCUUUUUUUGUAGGGGAUGGCAUCAGCUUAUGUACAAUGAAUUUAAUAAACUUAAGUAUUACAGAUUUUUUGCACAUUUUAGCUCAAUAAAGUCUGUAUCAACUGUUCCAGAUUUUCUUUAUCCAUGUUGAGAAAUGCAAGUUUGUAAAAUCAGUGUCUUACCUUUUGAUGUAAUAGAUUCCUUUUUUUUUUUUUUUGGACUGUUUUAAUAAAACAAGGAGCGCUUUUCUUUUUUUUGUUUUUCAGGGAAGGGAUUAAUGUUUAAUUCUUUUUGUUUACAUUUUACAUCACUGUUAUCCAAGGCCCAUUUUAUGUUACUUUAUAAGUAAGGGUAUAUGUAACAGAAUAAGUAUUUAUGUGAUUGACGUGACUGUCUUACUGUCUAGUUCAGUCAUUUAAGAUUAUGCUGAAGUUUACCACUAUGGGGCUGAAUAAUCACUAUUCACUAAGCAUAUCUGAAUAUGUAACUGUUUUAAAAAUAAGCAUAAUAAGGAUAUAGUUAAUCCUGGGUUAAUAACAUUAUUGUAGUUUUUUUUCCCCCCUAGGAAACAUAAUUAUUUUAGUGUAUUUCUUAUGGAAUGCACUGAGAGAAAGGACUUUGAGGAAUUGUGGAUAGUGAAUAGUACAUUUCUCUAAUAAAAAUUUGAAUUGUAUAAUAGUUUUAUAAUAAAGUAUUUACAUUAAUUGAUAUUUUAAUAUGGAUGGAAAUUGUUGCAUAGAUUCCAAUGAAUUAAAAAAUCAAUGAUAAAAUGGUAAAUAUUUUAUCCAAGUAGUUUUUUAAGAAACAGUUAUGAAAAUGUGUGUAUUAAAUGGCUCUAAGAUGGAGCUUGUGGUAUUUUCAACUCAGUAUUCAUUCUUCUUUGUGUGUCUGCAAAGAUUGUACUUAUUGUGCCUCUUUACACUACAGUUUGCUCUUGUGAGGCUUUAGACUGUGUUCAGCUGAGUAAGAACUCUCUUCCUGAAUUUGGGGUAUAAUUUCAUAUUUUAUGAUUUCCAAUAUGUUCUUCAUAUCAUCUCUAAAAAGUAUAUAUAAGGUUUAUAACAUAACUUUAGAAACAGGAAUUAAUUUCUAGAGUUAAGUUGCAAUUUCAUUGCUUUGUGCAGCUGAAAAAACAUUUGUUUCUAGCAUUUGGAAUAUUUUAGAAAAUUUAAGAUGAAAGGAAACAGUAAAACAAAGAAUUUUAUUUGUGCAAUUACAGAAAUUGUGUCCAUUAUUUUAAUGUGCCAUCAUUUUAGUACCAUUUUCUCUUCUGAAUUUGGCAUUUGUUACCAUAAAACUUAAUUUGCUUUAAAAAUUUAUAAUAAUAAUACUUCAUAAUAAUUUUUCUUAUCCAGUGCCUUCAACCCUGAUUUGAUGUAUUUGUAGCCUCAGUUAUCCUUUCUGUUACAUCCUAUAAUGUUUUCAUAACCUAGGAGACAUCAAUUUAUUUCUUAAAAAAUUGUUAGUUAUCUAAGGAGUAGGUAGCAAUUGUAUAUUAAGGCUAUGGGAAGACAAGUAGGGUUGACUUUGGAGGCCAGAUUUCUUAGUUUAUUCAAAAGUAUUUGUUGGAUGUCUUCCACGUGUCAGACAUUUUUAGGCCCUGGGUAUAAAGUUGUGAACCAAUCAGACAAAUCCCUAACCAUUUCCAGUAUUCUUUCUGGAUGGGAUGGGGCCUUAAUUAAAAGAGAUAUAGAGAGAUAAGCAUUUAAAGAGAAUAUAGUUAACUCAAAUUUUAGUUUGCAUGAAGUUAAGGUAAAUAUUGAGUUGAGAUGAAAUAACUAACAGUGUGAUAGAGAGGUUUAGAAUAAUAUUUUGCAGCAUUGUAACCUUUGACUUUUGGUUUUGAGUAGUAAAUUACAGAUAGCAUACACAACCCAAAAACCAAACUCACUGCUGUCAAGUUGAUUUCAACUCAGUGACUCUAUAGGACAGAGUGGAACUGCCCCGUACCAUUUCCAAGCUGUAAAUCAUUACAGAAGCAGGCUACCACAUCCUUCUCCUGCGGAGUGGCUGGUGGGUUUGAACUGCUGACCUUUUGGUUAGCAGGCAAGCACUUUAACCACUGGACGACUGGGGCCCACUAGAUAGCGUACAAAGGCCUUAAUUUUUCACUUUUACUCCUGGCAAAGGUACGUUUACUUAUACUGUCCAUUUAGAGUAGUGUUUAACAUAACAUUACUGUGACAAACAUUCCAUUAUAUAUUCACAAGCAAAUUACUGCACGUAUUUUUUAUUGUAUUUUACAGUUUAGUACCAAUAUUUUAGGUCUCAGCCUUCAAAUCACUGGUGUUUGAAAUUUGGCAAUGAAUAUGAAACUACUUUUUGACUUAUUGAGUGAUUUUAUUGUUACUUAAAAUGCUUGUUAAUAUUUUUAGGAAGGUUGGAGUCUCCAUUUUUUUGGCGUUACUGUUUAAAUUGUCACCCCUUAAGAGGAAAUAGUACUCAUGUGAUUAAACAAAUUGGUAUAUACUCUCAGAUCUUUUUUCUUUAAUUUUGUCAUCAUUGGGGUUAAAUUUUGGUCUGGUGUUCACUUACAAUAUAUAAACAAUUUAACUAUGAAGUAAAAUAGUCUUAAAUGACAAGUGUAUGAUGCACCUGCACAUAAAUGAAAAUGGUGUGCACAAAGACACUUUACUAUGGGAAUUGUACUGGAAGAUUUAUGAAAGCAUGUGAAAUUGCACCUAAAAUUGUGUUGUUAGUGACUAUAAGCAGCAAUGCUAAAUUUAUUGUACUUGAUGAAAGAAUGUACUUAGUCUAGUCUCAGUUACUUUGAUUUAAAUGUCUAAAUAAUGUCUCCAGUUUUUUUUUUUUUUUUUUACUGUGUUUGUGAUUUGUACUAUUGAGGGGGUUAUUCUUGGACUGCAGGGGUUAUUGUCAAUAUGUGAUUUGUGUUUUUAUUUUAUAGAAUCAUCUAAUGUGAUAUACCGAUUUUUAUAACUUAAGUGAUAUUUAGAUAUUCUAAUAACUGUAUAUUUGACAACCUAUUAAAAUGUUUUGCAUUGGAGCUUUUUUCAUUUAUCAUAGCAUGCCUCAUGAUAGUUUGAAAAUAAGUUAUUCAUUCAACAACUAUUUCAUGUGCCAGAAACUAUAGGAAUCAUUAGGGAUACAAGGAUGCGAUGAUAAUAGAAGCAUACACACCGGAAAUUAUAAAGUGCAUAAAAUCUUUUUAGAAAUAUUUUCUUUUUCACUAUUAUCAACCUACUAGGAAAAGUGGACUAUAGGAGAAAAAAAAUAAGUUUACUUGCCUGUGAAAAUGUAUAAUUUAAACACAUCAGAUAUAUUUGUGUGUUUUUCAAACUUCAUGAAUCAGUUUAUCAGUGAUCAAGUUAUUCUUCAUUAACUAAAAAAAGGGGGGAGGGGUAUUGUAGAACACCUAUUCUUUACCUGUACUGUACUUGGCAAUAUAAAAAGUUAGUACCUAUCCUCAAGAUACGUACUGUCUAGUAGGAAAACAAACAAUCCUGUAAAUGUGGGAAAAAAUGUUGUGGCUAUCAUUAAUACCAGUGUCCACCAGGGUUGUGAAAGGGGAGUCAGUUCUAAUAGCAUGCAAGAGGAAGAAGAGGGUGGUGCUUCAUAACGUCAUGGCAGUCGUGAGUCGGUGCUCCAGAAGGAUGUAUUGAAUUCCUCCUUUAUAUCGGCUACUAUGUUUGCACUAUGAGGAAGGGCAGUCAUACGUGAAGUAGUUUCUUCCUUUGUUGUGGUUAAGACAAGUUAACGUUUGAAAAUAGGGAACCAUACUGCUGUGGACCUCGAAUUACAGUGAAGUGUAAGGGCUAAACGCUGCAGGGAAGUCUCAUAAACCAGUGCCGCUCCAAAUCUAAAGUGUAAAAUCAUCACUUGAGUGUUCUGUUAAAAUGCAGAUUCUGAUUUAGUAAACCUAGGUGGGGUCUUUGGUACUGCUGGUCCAUUGGCUACACUUUGAGUAGCAAGGUUUGCUAAAAAUUCCUGGGGGCAGGGGUGUACAAGUAGAACGUGGAUGACAUUGAGCAGAAACCAGAGCUUUUGCAGAGCCAAGAGAGAGUGCUAGUAACUGAGAAAGAAAUGGGGUUUAGAAUGUAAGAAAAUACAGCCAGCAAUGGCUCGAGAUAGUAUCAGCCAUCGUCGAUUGGAAGCAAAAUUCAUCGGCUCGGUUAGGCCAUUAAAGCCUGUCUCCUGCAGCAGGUCUUGGGAAUCCUGAAAUAGUCGAUGGAACUUUUUCUAAGUUAUGUGGCAUUGGCCUUUCUUUUGUAUGGAUGAUGAUUACUUUGCCAACUGAAGAAAAUAUUCUGCAGAUGUUCGUUAACUACAUUGUAGUUGCCUUCUAACAACUUUCUAGAGAUAUUUUGGGCAUAAGUAAUGUGAUAUAAUUGGUUCAGAUGCCCCAAAAUGAUGAAAAUCACAUCUUUGUUUCUAAGACAAGUUAGGAAAGUUUUUUU